AUGAAUGGGGAUAUAGAAAUUGACUCGCAACUUUUGGGAAUGUCUCAAAAUACUCUUAUAUCAGUUUCUAACUCUCCACCUCAAGUUGAAAAUGCAUCUUCUAAAAAAGGAAAAUGGGGCUCUAACUUUAGUGUAGAGGAAGAUCAACUCCUAGUGUCAGCAAGGCUCAAUACUAGUGUUGAUGCCAUAAACAGUAGUGAACAAACACAAAAUACAUUUUGUCAAAAAGUUUGGGAAUACUUCACACAGUACAAUACAUCUGGUACCACACGUACUAUUAUCUCCUUGAUAAGUUGUUGGAGAAUGAUUAGUGAAAAGACAAAUAAGUUUGUCGGAUGUAGGGCUAAAGUUAACGCACAUCAUCAAAGUGGUAUAACCAAACAAGAUAAGAUUACCAAUGCGAAAGCUUUGUAUAAAGAGACGUACAAGAAACCCUUUCUUCUUGAACAUUGUUGGCUCAUGUUAAAGGACCAACCAAAGUUUGCCGAUCCUAAUAGAAGAUCAAAAGCAUCCAUGCCUCCAACUCCGAAGUCAACAUCUAUUGGCGAAGGGGAUUGUGGGUCCGGACUUGGUGACACUUCCAAUUUUGAGAGGCCAAUUGGUAGGAAGGCGGAAAAAGCCAUCCGUAAGGACAAAACCACCGGAAAAGAUGUAAGACAAUAUUUGACCAAGAAAUUGAAAUUUAUUGAGGAUGUAAUUCGAUUGGAAGAGGAAAAAUUGUCUAUUGAGAGGGAAAAACUUGCGAUUGAGAAGGAAAGAAGUGAAGAAAAACUUAAGAUUGAGAAGAAAAAAAUUUGA